AUGAGCAGCGUAAGCGACGUUCGAGACUUCAGAGAUGCUGCGAUCGUCAUUGCAGGUGGCAUCAACGCAGAGGCGGAGGCGGCUGGCCGAAAGCCGCCCAUAGAGCUACAUACUGAUGAGUUCGUCCAUCUCAAAUGUGGCGAAACGAUCUUCAUUGUCUUCCGCGACGUCGUCGUCGCUGGAUCAAUGUACUUUGAGUGCGCCGCCUUCGGGUUCUACAAGGAGACCUACCGCCAGCAGGUCGACUUCGACGACGAUAUCAAGCCCGAUGUUCUGGACCUCUACCUCGACAUCGCGCACCAAUGGUUCUUCCAGACAAAGAUUCUCGCUACCAACAUUGUGCCUGACGGUCACUUCAACGCUUUGAUCGAGAACUUCGAGCAGGAGCCUCUCGAGAGCGAGAACAUCAAGAUCCCCUUGCUCAAGUUGGCGAAAAUGGCAGAGACGGUCAUUCUCGCUGACCGCUUCGUCCAUCGCCCGCUUUUGACAAUUUUGCGAAAGAUGUUCAUCUCUCUUCUCAAGUUCACUCACAAUUGCUGGUUUGACCUGAGUGCGGAAGUGCUUGAUUGGGACCGAGCGUACCACCAAGACUUCAUGUUCGACUACAUCGAUGCGUUCGAGCUGCUGUGCAUGGGUCACGAUGACGAGAAGAUGCUCAGAGACGCUCUUACUGAGUCGUUCUACUUCUUCGGCCUUGACAAACCCUCCUUCAUCCAAUAUUACCGGCCCAUCUUCCCCUGCCAGUUCACCAUCGAGUGGAGACUUGAGAGGGAUACAUCUAACCCGUUCCGCAUGAGAGACCAUGCCGAAGGAAUCUUCACCACCGAUACCAUGGUUUACGCGAAUAAGACUCGCCAGCAAAAGGACCGAAGAUUCAAGCGGGUCAUGAACCUCUGCUCACCCGAGACACGCCAUGAGUGGUUGCCUUGGUUCAACGAUCCAGAGGAGAAGCGCGUUCGCAAUUUCCAUCUUGAUCAGGUCGUCGAGGCCAAGCGCCGUCAAAUCAUCUGCGAACGGGAGUUUGUCCCCGGUGCUUCAAUUCAUCACGGAUCAUCGCUUCAGGCCACGACGAUGGCAAGCGAUCACUCGCGUCGCGGAAGAGGCAAGAACCGCAAGUCUCGUGGCGGACAGAACUCGCGCGGGGGUCAUAACCAAGAAGGCCAAGACCGCGUUCACAACCAAACAACGGUCAAAGAGGAUGGCAAGACCAGCGGCAACCACAAGUCUCAGGGCGGACAGAGCUCGCGCGGCGGGCAUCAUCAAGAAGGACAAGACCGCGAUCACCCCCAAGGAACGGUCGAUGAAGAUGGUCAGGCCGACAGGAAGAAGAAGAAGAGAAACAAGUACAAGAAGAACAAGGCGAGACAGCAAGAAGGUGUUUCAGUGGCAGACGGCCACGCUGCCGAGUCUCACAAUCAGGUUCUGGCUACUGUUGAUUCGGGCCUCACUUCUCAAGCAAAGGCCGCUCCGGCUAAGAACGCUUACUACGAUGCUCACUUCCCUGCUCUUGGAUCCAGUACGGGACACACCAACAAAGGUCGCAACAGCGGCAAGCAGGUUGCCGGCAAUGAGCUGCCCGAGGUCACCACUGCACCCGAGACCUCCACAAACCAUCAGGCCACCCCCCUUACCGACCGAGACCCCAACAUCGUCGGAAGAAGAGGUCGCAAUGGCAGAAGAGGACGCGGAGGCGGUCGAGGUCGUGGGAACGGACGUGGCGGUGCGUCGAUGACAGACGGACGGCCCCUUCCGAACCUUUCUUGA